AUGAGAAGUAAAGACAUAUCGUACUGCGAGGACGCGAUGGAGCGAGUGUGCCUUCUGCCCCGCUCUACCCUUGCUGAUCUAGUCAAAUACGCGCUGUGGCUGCUAGAAUGCUCGCACGACUCGGGCCGCUGCCACGCGACCAUGUUCUUUGGGCUGUCCUUCCAGUUCCGCGUCAUCCUCGAGGAGUUCGACUACCAGGACGGUCUCCGAAAGCUGUACAACGUGAUAUCCACGCUGCCGAUCCUCGGGUCGGAUGACGAGGAGAUGAGGGUAUCUGACGACGAGACGUGCGCCGCGCGACAGAUCGUCCGCCACGUUUGUGUGGCCACCCGCCGAUACCUAGAGGCUCACUUGAGGCUACGAGCGGCGCAGGUGGCGAGGCAGCAAGGCGACAAUGUGCCCGAGCCGCCUCCUUAUAAGGCCUCAAAAUCGUCCCCGGAAGAGAUCCAAGAGCAAAUAGAGCUGUUACAAAGCGUGGCCUGGUCCCGAUGGGCGCCGGUGGACGAGCUGGUGGAAUUGGGUGGCAUCUCGCUACUGCUGCAGGUCGUCGGGUUCGCUUAUGAGUGGAAUUUCAACGGCAGAUCAGAGACAGUCCGAUCGGCGUUAGACGUGGUUUCUGUUUGCUGCGUGGCGCCGCGAGUUCAACUUUUAUUGACUGAGAAAAUAGACAUGAGGGACGCUGAUCUCACUACGGGGGUUAACAUCGUGUUGGGAGCGGCAGACGGUGAGAUCGUGGCGGAGCCCGAGGUCCAAAAGGCAGCGUUGAAUGUGCUAGUCAACUGCGUCUGCGCGCCCGUGCAUAGAGCAGGCACGUCAACAACACGUUUCUCGCUCACCGGCCCUAGCAAGAAGAAGACAGCGCUACGAUCGUACGAGGACGUCAUACAGAAGGUGUGGGAGAGCGUCAGAACUAACAACGGGAUUAUGGUCCUGCUAUCGCUGAUGAUGGUGAAAGCACCCAUAACCGACGCGGACCGUCUCCGAGGCUUAGCUUGUCGAGCGCUGGCCGGGCUCGCGCGAUGUCCCACCGUGAGGCAGAUCAUAUCCAAGCUGCCGCUGUUCACCACCUCGCAGAUACAAGUCCUAAUGCGCGACCCUAUCUUACAAGAGAAGCGGCAAGAACACGUGAUGUUCCAGAAAUACGCGCUGGAACUGUUGGAGCGGGUGUCGGGGNAACCUAGCUUAAUGUUCCAGGCAAACGUGGUAGCGCAAACGCGCAUAAACUACAACGAACGGCAACUACUACAACUGGUGGCGGAGCAUUUAUUAGCGAGGGGACUGUCAGAGUCGGCGGCGACAUUGCAGCGGGAGGCGGGGCUGCCGCCGCCGGCCGCCGCCGCGCCAGCGCCGCCGCCGCCGCCGGUCUACACGCCGUCCACGCCGGUGCGGCCUCGUCUGUCAGCGUCACGAGCGAGCAGCACUGGCUCCCUGCACCGAGACAGCCUAGAUCUAAACCACCACCACGACGAGAGCAGUCCGCAGCCGCACGUCAUCAAGUUGAGAGUCUACACCAACAGGAAACUUCAGAGCCAAACGCCAGCGCUGUCAACGCCCAUAUCAUCGGCGUCAGAACACAAGCGUUCCCUCCAAAAGCAAAUGAGCGUGGCCACAGACACCACGCAGAGCCAGCACCGCAUCACGCUGCACAGCAUCAUCACCGAGUACCUUUACAACCAGCACGCGCUGUGCAAGAACCCGGUCGUCACUUGCCCGCAGUUCAAUCUGUUCCAGAGGGAGUCAUUCCCAGCUUUCUGGCCUGAAAAGGGGGGAAGUCAUACCCAGCUACUGGCCUCCUGGGGGGGAAUCCUUCAGCCUCUGGUCUGGGGGGAGUCGCUUCUAUCCUGGGGGGUAGGGGAGGCUAGAAGGGCGUCGGAACACAAGCGCUCCCUCCAGAAGCAAAUGAGCGUGGCCACAGACACCACGCAGAGCCAGCACCGCAUCACGCUGCACAGCAUCAUCACCGAGUACCUUUACAACCAGCACGCGCUGUGCAAGAACCCCGUCGUCACUUGCCCGCAGUUCAACCUGUUCCAACCACACAAGUGCCCCGAUCCUCGUUCGACGUGGUCGGUUCUGUCCGGCGGUUGCGCCGCUAGCGUCUGCGCGAGAGUCUCGAGAAGAGAACUCGGCUACACGAGCGGCUGCCGGCGCGCGGACGCACGCCUCGUGCACUCACACUUUGCGCCCGUGCGCACGCUGCGGCUACAAGAUGACGAUGCUUACUUCACGCACACCAUAUUCCACCCAACGCAACAUCAGCUGUUAGCGGCGACGUCCUCGGGCGACAUUCGGAUAUUCAACCUGUUCAGCGGCGUCGAGGAGAGUUCAUACCAAGUGCACGACACUCUGCACGCAUAUAUUUGUCACAUGCAGGCGAGCAGAGACGGGUUACUACUACUAGCGUCAACGCCCACGACGUGGCGACCUCUGUCGGCGUUGUGGAACAUGAAAGAAUUCGAACAGUUAUUCCAACUAGACAACGAGGAAUACGUGGAGUUUUCCAAGAUGUCCGACGAACGCAUCAUCGGGACACGUGGGGAGACGGCGACCAUAUUUGACACGCGCACCGGAAGCGAGUUGAUGACCCUGACGCCCGCCAUCAGUAAUCAGUACGCCAAGAACAGAGCGACGUUCAACCCUACUGACGAACUGGUGCUAUCUGAUGGCGUGCUCUGGGACGUGAACUCGGGCAAAGAAAUCCACAAGUUCGACAAACUGAACCAAACGCACAGCGGCGUGUUUCACCCUAACGGAUUAGAAGUAAUAUCAAACACAGAAGUGUGGGACCUACGGACGUUCCAUCUACUUCGGACAGUGCCAACGUUAGAUAAAUCAGAGGUGAUAUUCAACCCAACCUGCACGGCGCUAUACGCCGUCUGUUCCGACCAAGACUCGGAGGAGCGCAGCCAAUUCGACACCAGCUUCAAGACGCUAGACCCCUUCGAUUACUCCAGUAUAGCGACGAUAGACGUGAAACGCAACAUCUACUCGCUAUCCGUAUCGCGCUGGGGCACGCAGAUAUCGCUGGUGGAAAACAUGGGCGACUUCGACCAGGUGCAGGAAUCGUGUGUCAAGGUGUACGACGUCGGCCGCAAGCGGGACCACGACGAUGAUGCGGAGGAGGAUGAGGAAGAAGAAUUGGCUGGAGGUUCGGAAAACGACGACGGAUCCAGCUCGCCCACAGACGCCGAGGACGAAUUAGCAAUAGCGUCGCUACGAGACGCGGUCAUGGGCUUUAGGGGCGGCAGCUCGGGCAGCUCCGACGACGAGCCCGAGGCGCGCCCGAGGAGACGCCGCCCCCGCAGACGAGCGGCGGCGGCGGCGGCGGCGGACAGCCGUAGCAGCGACAGCGACGGCGAGAACCUCGACCUGCCCGACAUCAUCGAGUUCGAGCUCGACUAGAGCCAAUAAACGUGUUAACAGUU